GGAGAAUCUCUGCCUUAGCCCACUGUGCUCCUCGCCCUUAGGUUCUCAUCUCUCCAGAAGAUUUCAACAUUCGUUAUUGUGGAAGAAAAUACUUCACCUGAAACAGAGGAGCAGAGACUUGGCUUGUCAGACAGUGACUUCCAGACUUUCCCUUCUCUAUUGAUCAGAGGCAUAAAGAAAAGUGUAGCUUCUGAGCUGAAUGAUGACAACCUUGCAGAGUAAAGACGAAUGCGGGAAGGGACCAAAGAAAACCUUUGCCCCACCUGCACAAAAACUGCAUAGCCUGAUGCCCUGUAACCUUAACUCAUCGAAGGAGGAGAUCCUGGGGAUCAGUUCCCCAGAGGCAGAGACCAGGCCAAGCCUGCUAAAGGCCAGGUUAGAGAAGAAGAAGGAGAAAACAACCAAAGAGAAUGGUACAGGCAGUGGCCAGGAGAUAAAAGGAAGGGCUCAAGACAACAAGAAAGCAGAGAAGAAGGAAAAGGGAAAAUCAACUCUUACCAAUGCAGAAUUUGAGGAGAUUGUCCAGAUUGUGCUACAGAAGUCCCUCCAGGAGUGCUUGGAGACUUCCUGUGCCCAGCCUACAAGAUGUACCCAGUUAGACAAGGAACCAGGAAUUGCUUCUUCUACUACUGAUAAUAAUAAUGCUGAUGGAGAGAGGGUAGUGGUACCGCAUAUUCUAGAGAUUUCAGCCUCUCAGGAAGGUGGAGUAAUCCCUGAGAUAAAGACAUCUAAGCCAGGCCAGCCAGAUCCUGCACCCUCUGAGAAGAAAUUCAAUAAACUCUCCUUAAGCAAAAGAAAGAAGGCCGCUCAAGAUGAGAAAAUGGAGAAAGCCCAAAGUGGACAUGAGCACAAACAGAAAGACCAACUGAAGAAAACAGUUCAGGAUCAUUCUCAGAUCAGGGACCAACAAAAAGGAGAGGGAAGUGGUUUUGGUCAAUGUCUAGUCUGGGUCCAGUGUUCCUCCCCAAACUGUGAGAAAUGGAGGCGGCUACGUGGGAACAUUGACCCCUCAGUCCUCCCAGAUAAUUGGUCCUGUGACCAGAAUACAGAUUUGGAGUAUAAUCACUGUGAUAUCCCUGAGGAGACCUGGACAGGGCAUGAGAGUGAAGUGGCCUAUGCCUCCUACAUCCCAGGAUCCAUCAUCUGGGCCAAGCAAUACGGUUACCCCUGGUGGCCAGGCAUGGUAGAAUCUGAUCCUGACCUGGGGGAAUAUUUUCUUUUUGCAUCUCAUCUUGAUUCCCUGCCGUCCAAGUACCAUGUGACAUUUUUUGGAGAAACAGUCUCUCGUGCUUGGAUCCCAGUCAACAUGCUAAAGAACUUCCAGGAGCUAUCCCUGGAGUUAGCUGGAGUGAAAAAGUGCAGGAGUAAGGACUGCAGCCAGAAACUGGGGGCAGCCCUGAUGAUGGCUCAAGAGGCAGAGCAGAUCAGUAUUCAGGAGCGGGUUAACCUGUUUGGUUUCUGGAGCCGAUACAGUGGAUCUGACAACAGUGGGGAAGGAAAAGACGUAAUGCUCUCUGGGGCUAACAGCUUAGAUUCCUGCUUGGAGAAAGAAGAGGAAGAGUCAGAGUUAGAGGAAGAGUCAGAGUUGGAGGAAGAGGAGGAAGAGCAACAGAAGAAAGAUCCAACUUUGCCUGGUCCCAAGCCAGCCAAAAUUCAGACCAAAAAACCCAAGGAAAGAGGUGGAGCACAUGGACGAGAUGGGACCCCGCAAAGGAAGACAAUGAAGAGAUCUCUGGGAAAUGAAUCUGCACCUCCACCUUUACCCAUAAUGGGAGGGAAAAAGGGGCAUGGGAAUUCAGAACCUGAGCAGCCAGGCCCUAAGAAAAAAUUUAAAGCUCCCCAAAGCAAGGCCCCAGUAAGUGACUCAUCUGAGGAAAAAGAAGCUAGAAUAGUGCCAGAGGUCCUGACCCCACCAGCUCCUCCCGGGGCCUGUCCCAUGGUGGGGAAAGAAGGGCCUGCACCCCAGGAGCCGCAGCCUCAGGAGGCUGGAAGUGUCCCCUCUGACGAUGGGGACUCCAGCGACCUGGACCUGGACCAGCUCAUGGCGGAUGUUGGAGAAGAGCCGGAGCAGAGGGCGGAGCCACAGCACAGAGACGACGCGGGGGGGCUCGCCGUGGCCUCCUGUGAGGAAUAGCUGUGGGCUCGCACCGCCUUCC